AUGAGCGUCACGUAUGCAACGGGCGGUGCAGUCACCGCCCUCACGAUCAUCGGCUUGUAUAUGCUGUUUAAUGGAGAAGGUGAACAGUUCAAUGUUGGUCAGGUCCUAGAAACGAUAUCGCCGUAUGCGUGGGCAGACGUUGGUAUUGCCUUGUGCAUAGGUCUAUCUGUCGUGGGGGCAGCAUGGGGCAUCUUCAUCACGGGCACGUCGAUACUGGGAGGUGGUGUCAAAGCGCCACGGAUACGAACGAAAAACUUGAUCUCUAUCAUUUUCUGCGAAGUUGUCGCCAUUUACGGAGUCAUCAUGUCCAUCGUCUUCUCCUCUAAGCUUAGUCUGGUCCCCGAAGACCAGCUGUACAGCGGAUCGAAUUACUACACUGGCUACGCUCUGUUUUGGGCUGGAUUGACUGUUGGUAUGUGCAACAUGAUCUGUGGUAUUAGUGUAGGAAUCAACGGCAGCAGCGCUGCGCUGGCCGAUGCCACGGACGGCAGCUUGUUUGUUAAGGUACUGGUCAUUGAGAUCUUCUCAAGUGUACUCGGGCUGUUUGGCCUCAUCAUCGGUCUGCUUGUCCAGGGAAAGGCGAAUGAGUUCGCUUGA